AGUUUUCUCGCGCUCGUGCGGAGCGCGCCCAGGGUUCGCCGCAUGGCCGGGACUCCGGGCCGUGAUCCUCGGGGCGCCCCCGGGAUUUGUUACCUUCUUGGCUCCCUGCUGGCCGGACUGCUCGCCCCAGGUGCCGUCGCCUUCAAUCUGGACGUGAUGGGCGCCCUGCGCAAGGAGGGCGAGCCGGGUAGCCUCUUCGGCUUCUCUGUGGCUCUGCACCGGCAGUUGCAGCCCCGACCCCAGAGCUGGCUGCUGGUGGGUGCUCCGCAGGCCCUGGCUCUGCCUGGGCAGCAGGCGAAUCGCACCGGAGGCCUCUUCGCUUGCCCCCUGAGCCUGGAAGAGACUGACUGCUACAGAGUGGACAUUGACCGCGGAGCUGAUGUGCAGAAGGAGAGCAAGGAGAACCAGUGGUUGGGAGUCAGUGUUCGGAGCCAGGGACCUGGGGGCAAGAUUGUCACCUGCGCACACCGGUACGAGGCUCGGCAGCGAGUAGACCAGCUCCUAGAGACCAGGGAUGUGAUUGGUCGCUGCUUUGUGCUAAGCCAAGACCUGGCCAUCCGUGAUGAGCUGGAUGGUGGGGAAUGGAAGUUCUGUGAGGGGCGCCCCCAGGGCCACGAACAAUUUGGGUUCUGCCAGCAGGGCACAGCCGCUGCCUUCUCCCCCGACAGCCAUUACCUCCUCUUUGGGGCCCCGGGAACCUAUAACUGGAAGGGCACCGCCAGGGUGGAGCUCUGUGCGCAGGGCUCAGCGGACCUGGCGCACCUGGACGACGGGCCCUACGAGGCGGGGGGUGAGAAGGAGCAGGAACCCCGCCUCAUCCCGGUCCCUGCCAACAGCUACCUUGGUUUCUCCAUUGACUCGGGGAAGGGUCUGGUGCGUGCAGAGGAGCUGAGCUUUGUGGCAGGGGCCCCCCGUGCCAACCACAAGGGUGCUGUGGUCAUUCUGCGCAAAGACAGUGCCAGCCGCCUGGUGCCCGAAGUUAUGCUGUCUGGGGAGCGCCUGACCUCUGGCUUUGGCUACUCGCUGGCUGUGGCUGAUCUCAACAAUGAUGGCUGGGCAGACCUGCUAGUGGGUGCCCCCUACUUCUUUGAGCGCCAAGAAGAGCUGGGGGGUGCCGUGUAUGUGUACAUGAACCAGGGGGGUCACUGGGCUGGGGUCUCCCCUCUCCGGCUCUGUGGCUCUCCUGACUCCAUGUUCGGGAUCAGCCUGGCUGUCUUGGGGGACAUCAACCAAGAUGGCUUUGCAGAUAUCGCUGUGGGGGCUCCCUUUGAUGGGGAUGGGAAAGUCUUUAUCUACCAUGGGAGCAGCCUGGGGGUUGUCGUCAAACCUUCCCAGGUGCUGGAGGGUGAGGCCGUGGGUAUAAAGAGCUUUGGCUACUCCCUUUCGGGUGGCCUGGACGUGGAUGGGAACCAUUACCCGGACCUACUGGUCGGCUCCCUGGCCGACACUGCUGUGCUCUUUAGGGCCAGACCCGUCCUUCAUGUCUCCCAUGAGGUCUUCAUUGCUCCCCGAGCCAUCGACCUAGAGCAGCCUAACUGUGCUGCUGGCCACUCGGUCUGCGUGGACUUGAGGGUCUGUUUCAGCUACAUUGCAACCCCCAGCAGCUACAGCCCUAUUGUGGCCCUGGAUUAUGUGUUAGAUGGAGACACAGACAGGAGGCUCCGGGGCCAGGUCCCCCGUGUGACCUUCCUGAGCCGUGGCCCAGAUGACCCCAAGCACCAGGCCUCAGGCACCGUGUGGCUGAAGCACCAGCAUGACCGAGUCUGUGGAGACACCAUGUUCCAGCUACAGGAGAAUGUCAAGGACAAGCUUCGGGCCAUUGUGGUGACCUUGUCCUACAAUCUCCAGACUCCACGGCUCCGGCAACAGGCUCCUGGCCAGGGGCUGCCCCCAGUGGCCCCCAUCCUCAAUGCUCACCAGCCCAGCACCCAGCGGGCAGAGAUCCACUUCCUGAAGCAAGGUUGUGGUGAAGACAAGAUCUGCCAGAGCAAUCUGCAGCUGGUCCAUGCGCGCUUCUGUGCCCGUGUCAGUGACACGGAGUUCCAGCCUCUGCCCAUGGAUGCAGAUGGGACGACAGCCCUGUUUGCCCUGAGUGGGCAGCCGGUCAUUGGCCUGGAGCUGACGGUCACUAACCUGCCCUCGGAUCCAGCCCAGCCCCAGGCUGAUGGGGACGAUGCUCACGAAGCCCAGCUUCUGGUCACCCUCCCUGCCUCUCUGCACUACUCAGGAGUCCGCGCCCUGGACGCUGCGGAGAAGCCGCUCUGCCUGUCCAAUGAGAAUGCCUCCCAUGUCGAGUGUGAGCUGGGGAACCCCAUGAAGAGAGGUGCCCAGGUCACCUUUUACCUCAUCCUUAGCACCUCAGGGAUCACUAUUGAGACCACAGAGCUGGAAGUGGAACUGCUCUUGGCCACAAUCAGCGAGCAGGAGCUUCAUCCGAUCUCUGUCCAAGCUCGUGUCUUCAUUGAGCUGCCGCUGUCCAUCACAGGGCUGGCCAUUCCCCAGCAGCUCUUCUUCUCUGGUGUGGUGCGGGGUGAGAGUGCCAUGAAGUCUGAGCGGGAUAUAGGCAGCAAGGUCAAGUAUGAGGUCACGGUCUCCAACGAAGGCCAGUCACUGAACACCCUAGGCUCUGCCUUCCUCAACAUCAUGUGGCCCCAUGAGAUAGCCAACGGGAAGUGGCUGCUGUACCCCAUGCGGGUGGAGCUGGAGGGCGGGCAGGGGCCCGGGCAGAAGGGGCUCUGCUCCCCGAGGCCCAACAUCCUCCAGCUGGACGUGGACAGCAGGGACAGGCGGCGACGGGAACUGGAGCAGCCGGAACAGGAGGAGCAUCCUGAGCAGCUGGAGCCCAGCACGUCCUGGUGGCCGGUGUCGUCCGCCGAGAAGAAGAAAAACAUCACCCUGGACUGUGCCCGGGGCACUGCCAACUGCGUGGUAUUCAGCUGCCCUCUCUACAGCUUUGACCGCGCCGCUGUGCUGCACGUGUGGGGCCGCCUCUGGAAUAGCACCUUCUUGGAGGAGUACUCGGCUGUGAAGUCCCUGGAGGUGAUCGUCCGAGCCAAUAUCACCGUGAAGUCUUCUGUCAAGAACUUGCUGCUCAGAGAUGCCUCCACGGUGAUCCCCGUGAUGGUUUACCUGGACCCUGUGGCUGUGGCCGCAGAAGGAGCCCCCUGGUGGGUCAUCCUCCUGGCCGUCCUGGCUGGGCUGCUCGUGCUGGCGCUGCUGGUGCUGCUCAUGUGGAAGAUGGGAUUCUUCAAGCGGGCACAGUACCCCGAGUCCACUGUGCCCCAGUACCACGCGGUGAAGAUCCCGCGGGAAGACCGGCAGCAGUUCAAGGAGGAGAAGACCGGCACUAUCCUGAGGAACAACUGGGGCAGCCCCCGGCGGGAGGGCCCCGAUGCGCACCCCAUCCUGGCUGCUGAUGGGCACCCUGAGCCAGGUUCCGAUGGGCAUCCCAUGUCGGGCACCACCUAGCUCCUUGGGUCCCAGCCUGGCCCAUGGGUCCCCUCCACCCUUUCCCCCGACAUGGCUCCUUGGGAUGAAGAGGGUAGAGUGGGUUGCUGGUGCCCCAUCAGGAUGUGACAGGAUCUGCUUCCUCAGGGGCAUAGGCAUACGCCCCCAAGGAACACCUCCCAAAACUUCCCUCAGAACAGUGUGUGAUGAGGGCAGUAAAUCAGGAAUGGGGUUGUGGAGUAGGGGAGAAGGGCAGUGAUGUCCUGAUGCAAACGUGGGAGAAGGGACCCUGAUCCCUCCCUCUCCUAUUCACCCUGUUUAACAGGACCCCACGGACCUGUCCCCCCUGAAAGUGCCUUAAGCCCGGAGGGUUGGGGAGGAGGUUGUGUUGCUGACUCAGGGGCUCUUCCCUCCAUAGUUUCCCCUCUCCUCUGACCUUAGUUUGCUGCAUCAAUCUAGUGGAUUUUGUCUAUUUAUUAAAAAAUAUUUGAGGACAAAA